UUUUUCCUUCUUCGUUCAUCGUUUCAGAUAGUCGUAUAGUCGUGUACGAGUUUUUUCGAAUUGAUGUGUAAUAGUGAUUAAAAUUAAAUUGUUUUCGUGGUUCGUGGAGUUUAAUCCGAAAUCGCUUUCUAAUGCUGUAAAAUUGCUCUUAAGAAUUUGCAUUUUGUGUCUCAGUUCCGUAAAAUUUAAGGCAUGUUGAUUAAAGAAUUCCGAGUAACUCUGCCGCUGACCGUCGAAGAAUAUCAAGUGGCGCAGCUUUAUUCUGUCGCUGAAGCCAGCAAAAAUGAAACCGGCGGUGGAGAAGGGAUCGAAGUUCUGAAGAAUGAGCCCUUCACUAACUAUCCGCUGCUUAGCGGUAGAUAUUCCGAAGGACAGUAUACGUACAAAAUCUACCAUUUGGCUAGCAAAGUUCCCGCCUUUAUUAAAAUGAUAGCGCCAAAAGGCUCUUUAGAAAUACACGAAGAAGCAUGGAACGCGUAUCCGUACUGUAGAACUAUUAUAACGAAUCCAAAUUUUAUGAAAGAGAAAUUUUUUAUCAUUAUUGAAACGUUACACGUUGGUGAUCGAGGGUUUUCAGAAAACAAUCCCGGUUAUAUGAAAGAAAAUUUCAAAAUUGUUGUCGAGUCUUUUCAUAUAGCCGACAGAGGAGAACAGGAAAAUGUUCACGAGUUGCCACAAGAUAAAUUAAAACAAAGAGAAAUAGUUCAUAUUGAUAUUAGUAACGAUACAGUCGCUCCGAAUGAUUAUAAAAGGGAUGAAGAUCCGUCUUUAUUCAAAAGUAAAAAAACCAACCGAGGGCCUUUGGUUGGCAAUUGGAUCGAAAGGGUGGAUCCGGUUAUGACCUGUUAUAAAUUAGUUACUGCUGAAUUCAAAUGGUUCGGAUUGCAGACUAGAGUAGAAAAUAUUAUUCAAAGAUCAGAAAGACGGUUAUUUACCACUUUCCAUAGACAAGUAUUCUGUUGGAUGGAUAAUUGGCAUGGACUUACCAUGGACGAUAUUCGAAGGAUCGAAGAAAGAACGAAAGAAGAAUUAGAUCGGCAACGAAAUACCGGAAAUGUCCGAGGUAUGAAAGCGGAUACGGAAUAAAAAUGAUCGGUACAUCGGUAUCCGUAAAUUUUACCUUCGUUUCAACGCGAAGUAUUUACCAUGGGUUAUUGUAUUUUUCUUCGACUAUAUAUUUUUUUUCUCUGCUGUACUUAAAAGAAGUAAUUAAAAAAUAAUAUUUUAAAGGUGUCAUGCGCGCGAUUACAUUCGACGUUUUAGUUGUAACUUAUUAAAUUUUUCUCCUCUUGUUA